GCCAACUUGGCAGGUAAAGCUCCUUGCCGCUGGAGCUGCACCUCGACUUCUUUCUGGGAUCUCGGUUUAAGUUUUUCCGAACUGACUGGAAAGCCGACUCCUUUCUGAGAUAAAGAAGUAGCAUGGCAUGAAACAUGGCUCAGUUCUAUUACAAAAGAAGUAUUAAUGCCCCUUACCGAGAUCGCAUCCCUCUAAGAAUAGUCCGAGCAGAAUCAGAACUUUCGCCAUCAGAAAAAGCCUAUUUGAAUGCUGUGGAAAAGGGGGAUUAUGCAAGUGUCAAAAAAUCACUAGAGGAAGCUGAAAUUUAUUUUAAAAUAAAUAUUAAUUGCAUCGAUCCUCUUGGAAGAACAGCACUUCUCAUUGCAAUUGAAAAUGAAAACUUGGAGCUCAUUGAACUACUCUUAAGCUUUAAUGUCUAUGUCGGAGAUGCUCUACUACAUGCUAUCAGGAAAGAAGUGGUAGGAGCAGUGGAACUGCUACUGAACCACAAGAAACCCAGUGGAGAAAAACAGGUGCCUCCCAUACUCCUUGAUAAACAAUUCUCUGAAUUCACUCCGGACAUCACACCAAUCAUUUUGGCAGCCCAUACAAAUAAUUAUGAGAUAAUAAAACUUUUAGUCCAGAAAGGAGUCUCUGUGCCUAGACCCCACGAAGUCCGCUGUAACUGUGUUGAAUGUGUCUCCAGUUCCGAUGUGGACAGUCUUCGGCAUUCACGCUCCCGACUUAACAUCUACAAGGCUUUGGCAAGUCCUUCUCUCAUAGCACUGUCAAGUGAAGAUCCUUUUCUUACAGCUUUUCAAUUAAGCUGGGAGCUUCAGGAACUUAGUAAAGUGGAAAAUGAAUUCAAGUCUGAGUAUGAGGAGCUAUCUCGUCAAUGCAAACAGUUUGCUAAGGACCUACUGGAUCAGACAAGAAGUUCCAGAGAACUGGAAAUCAUUCUUAAUUACAGAGAUGACAAUAGCCUCAUUGAAGAGCAAAGUGGAAAUGACCUUGCAAGACUGAAACUUGCAAUUAAGUAUCGACAAAAAGAGUUCGUUGCCCAGCCCAAUUGUCAACAGCUUCUGGCAUCCCGCUGGUACGAUGAGUUCCCAGGCUGGAGGAGACGGCACUGGGCUGUGAAGAUGGUGACAUGUUUCAUAAUAGGACUACUUUUCCCUGUCUUCUCUGUGUGCUACCUUAUAGCUCCUAAAAGCCCCCUUGGACUGUUCAUCAGAAAGCCUUUUAUCAAGUUCAUCUGCCACACAGCCUCCUAUUUGACAUUUUUGUUCCUGCUACUGCUUGCCUCUCAGCACAUCGACAGGUCAGACUUAAACAGGCAAGGUCCACCACCAACCAUCGUCGAGUGGAUGAUAUUACCGUGGGUCCUGGGUUUUAUAUGGGGAGAAAUUAAACAAAUGUGGGAUGGAGGACUUCAAGAUUAUAUACAUGAUUGGUGGAAUCUAAUGGAUUUUGUGAUGAAUUCCUUAUAUUUAGCAACAAUUUCCUUGAAAAUUGUCGCAUUUGUAAAGUAUAGUGCUCUUAAUCCACGAGAGAAUUGGGACAUGUGGCACCCCACUCUGGUGGCAGAAGCUUUAUUUGCUAUUGCAAACAUCUUUAGUUCCCUGCGCCUGAUCUCAUUGUUCACUGCAAAUUCUCACCUGGGACCUCUGCAGAUAUCUCUGGGAAGAAUGCUCCUGGACAUUUUGAAGUUUCUCUUCAUUUACUGCCUUGUAUUGCUGGCAUUUGCAAAUGGCCUAAACCAACUAUAUUUCUAUUAUGAAGAAACAAAAGAGUUAGGUUGCAAAGGCAUACGCUGUGAAAAGCAAAACAAUGCAUUUUCAACAUUAUUUGAGACACUUCAAUCUCUGUUUUGGUCAAUUUUUGGCCUAAUCAAUUUAUAUGUGACCAAUGUCAAAGCACAACAUGAGUUCACUGAGUUUGUUGGUGCCACCAUGUUUGGAACAUACAAUGUCAUCUCUCUGGUUGUACUUCUCAACAUGUUGAUAGCUAUGAUGAAUAAUUCUUACCAACUUAUUGCUGACCAUGCAGAUAUAGAAUGGAAAUUUGCACGAACCAAGCUUUGGAUGAGUUAUUUCGAAGAAGGAGGGACUCUACCUACUCCCUUCAAUGUCAUCCCAAGCCCCAAGUCUCUCUGGUAUCUGAUUAAAUGGCUAUGGACACAUCUUUGCAAGAAAAAGAUGAGAAGAAAGCCAGAAAGUUUUGGAACAAUAGGGAGGCGAGCUGCUGAUAAUUUAAGAAGACACCACCAAUAUCAAGAAGUUAUGAGGAACCUGGUGAAGCGAUAUGUUGCUGCAAUGAUUAGAGAUGCAAAAACUGAAGAAGGCUUGACAGAAGAGAACUUUAAGGAACUCAAGCAAGACAUAUCUAGCUUCCGCUUCGAAGUCCUGGGCUUACUCAGAGGAAGCAAACUGUCUACACUCCAGUCCGAGAAAGAGUCUUCUAAUUCAGCUGACUCAGACGAAAAGAGUGAUAACGAAGAAGAGGUGGCUCGACAACGGGCUGAAGGACCACUGGAGAGAAAUAUUCAACUGGAAUCUGGAGGAUUAGCUUCAAGGGGUGACUUGAGCAUCCCGGGGCUCAAUGAGCAAUGUGUCUUAGUAGACCAUCGAGAAAGGAAUACGGACACCCUGGGAUUGCAGGUAGGCAAGAGAAUGUGUUCCUUCUCGUCAGAGAAGGUGGUGGUGGAGGACACUGUUCCUAUCAUACCAAAGGAGAAGCAUGCAAAGGAUGAGGACUCUAGCAUAGACUAUGAUUUAAGCCUCACAGAUAAAGUCACCCAAGAAGAUUAUGUGACUACAAGACUGUGAUCCUUGAAGAAGGAAGCAUUGUAUCCCACAUAUAUAUUUUCCAUAGUGCUCUGGGUAGGGAGAGGUGUUUAAAACUAAAUUAGCAAAUGCUAAAGUCCACUUUAUAACAUUUAUCAACUGAGGUUAUUAACUUGUAACCUAUCUAAAAGGCAAAGGCUACCAUAAUUCCAUGUUUUGUAGCCUGCUUCUAUUGUCAGAAAUUAUUUUACAAGUUUUUGUUUUUGUUAACAAAUAAAGGCACCUUGUAUUCUUGUACUGUUGCAAUAACCACAAGGAGUUUUUAGCUAUUUUUUUUUUCAAUUAAAACAAAUGUUAUUUAUUUCAUGUGGUAGUUGGCUCCAAUAACAGAUAUUUUUAUAUGCAAAAAUGUAGCCAAAUAUUAGAGCUUUUCAUUAUUUAGGAGGCUAUCCUAGAGAUGGUUACUCAUCAACAUUUUUUAACCAAACCUAUAGUUUGGCUUUAAAACAGUUACCAAAUUAUUUAUUAAGAACAUGUAAAUAACUAUCGCACACAAUUAAAAGUGGUGGAC